CUUUUCUAGAAAAAUGUCUGGAAAAAUGUCUGAAAAAAUGUCUGGAAAAAUGUUGACAUUGAUUCGAAAAUGUCUGUAUCAUAAUCGUGGUAGAACUUUAAAAUUAACAUUAAUGUCUUUGAUGUUAACAACAUUCAUUAUCAGGCAGAUAAAUCAUAAAACUACAGGUUCAGAUACAGCUAACAACUACGGGAUUGAUUGCAAUAUUGUGGAAAAGUAUAUUAAAGAAGAGAUUGAUGAUUUGCCCUCUUCUAUUGGAAACCCUAAGAUUGAUAUAAUUCUGUUUUAUAAAGAAGGCGAUACAGGAACUUCUGAUUUAGUAAUUAGGCAUAGGUAUGUAGAUAGAUAUGUGUUUAAUGUGUAUCUUGAUAUAGAUAUUGAUAUUUAUAUUGAUAUUGAUNAUCCGUUCCAAAUAUUCCGAUAUAAUUAA